CUUCAGAAUCAGAGUUAGCUAUUGAUCAACCAUCAGUCCUAACCUGUCUCACUAUUUUUGUCCGCCCAUGUGCUUUUCAAAAAGUAAACACGUUUUUAUUUUCUUAAACAUUUAAAUAAACUAGUAUUUAAAUUUAAUAUGCCGAAGCUGUUCGAUGACGAUGAUGAUGCUGAUGAAGAACCGGAGAUUAAAAUAAAUGAAAAGUAUGCGGCAAAUUACGACAAGUGGCGACUGAAAGAAGAAGUAAAUAGACUUAAAACUAAACAUGGAGAUCACCUGAAAUAUGCUGAUGAUUCUGAGGACUCCUCUAGUUCAUCAGAUGAUGAGGAUGCUAAUUUGCUGACUGAAGAGAUGGACAAAAAUUUCUACAAGACUCUCGCGUACUUGAAGAAAAAAGACCCCAAGAUUUAUGAUGACAAGGUUGUAUUUUUUCCACCUGAGAAUAAUGAAGCUGGUGAAGGUUCAGGGCAAGUGGAGAAGAAGAAAAAGAAGAAGGAGAAGCCGUUGUCUCUGCGUGACUACGAACGAAAAAUAUUGAUAGAGAAGGGCGGGAAGUUGAGUGAUGACAGCGACGAGGAUCAUCAGGAACCAGUUGCCAGUAGACUGACUUACGUUGAAGAGCAGCGGCUUCUGAAGGAAAGUAUCAAGAAAGCGGCUGAUAUUGAUGAUGAUGGUGACGAUGAUUUGCUGAAAGAAAAAACUAAAGCUUCAGAAGAAAAGGAAAAGGAAGAAGAGGCUUACAGACUCUGGUUGCUGGGCCAGCCGGCGGAAGUUGAUGAUAAGGAUGAGGAAGAGCUGAAACCUCUGCGUGAUUUUUGGACGGACCCGAAUCUUGACGCGAAUGAAAAAUUCCUGCGUGAUUUUGUCAUGCGGAGGAAGUUUUCUGAUGAAGACAAUCAAGUUGAUGAGAGUGAUGCCGAAGAUAAUGAUGAUUACGCGAAUCGUUUGCAUGACAGCGACAAGGAUUUGUCGGAGGACGAGAAACAGAUUGAGACUCAAGAGGAGUUUGAGCACAAAUAUAAUUUCAGGUUUGAAGAACCUGACCCUGAGUUUAUUAAACGGUAUCCAAGAACGAUAGAGGAUUCCAUGAGGAAGAAGGACACCAGGAGAGCUGAGAAGCGGGCAGAGGUGAAGAAACGCAAGGAGCAAGAAAAGUUGAAGCAGAAGGAAGAGCUGAAGAGGUACAAAAUGCUAAAGCGCAAGGAAAUAAUGGACAAGAUCGCCCAGUUGAAGGAAAUAACUGGCAACGAUGAUCUCAAAGUUGACAUCCUUGACUUUGAAGGUGAUUUUGAUCCCAAUGAACAUGACAGAAAGAUGCAGGAGCUGUUCAAUGAUGAGUAUUACCAAGAUGUCGAUGAAAAUGCUAAGCCCGAGUUUCCGGAGCUUGACGAAGAGUUGGAGAUUGAGAAGACUUGGGACGAUUAUGACCCUACUGCUGAUAAAUCUGAGUUGAGUCAAAGCUACAGUGAACCUCACUGCGAAGAUGCGAAUUUUGUGAUGGACGCUGACUAUGAAGUCAAUAAGAAGGCCAAGGAAGCGGAAGAAAGUUCUUCUAAGAGGAAACGUAGGAAACGUUCCAAGUUUGCUGAGCUGAUUGCUAAAGAAAAACCUAAAUUUGAUCCCGGUUUGCACUCGUCUUUUAAGGAUUACAUUGACCAGUAUUAUGCUCUUGAUUAUGAAGACAUGAUUGGUGACCAGCCGUGCAGGUUCAAGUACAGGAAAGUCGUUCCCAAUGACUACGGACUCAGUGUUGAAGAAAUUCUGUUGGCGGAUGACAAAGAGUUGAACAAAUGGUGCUCGUUGAAGAAAGCGCUUGAGCACAAGUCUGAAGACGCUGAGUACAGAGAAGUUCAGACUUUUAAACAGAAGAGUAAAGACGAAAGAUUCAAGAGGAAAAUUCUCUCUAGUUUGUAUAAACCAAUUGAGGAAGAAGUCGAUGACGAAGUGAAGAAAGCAUCUGCGGAGUUGAAUGGGGACGCAAAUGCCGGCCCUGGUGCUGAGAAAAAGAAAAAGAGGAGGAAGAAAAAAUCCGUAUUGCCGGGAAAUCAAAUUGGUGAGAAUGAAAGUAAAAAAGUUCCGGAGGAUCAAGGAGCUGAAGAUGACAAAGCAGGUGAGAAGAAAAAGAAGAAGAAGAGUGAAGUUGAAGGAAAUGAUCGGGGUGAGGAUAAAGUUGAAGCAGCUGAUGAACCAACGGUGGCAGUGACGAAUGAAAAGAAAAAGAAGAAGAAGAAGAAAAAGAAAGUGGAGACUGAUGACGCUGCUGAGACGAAUGGGACAGAGGUGUCUGAAGAAACGAAACAAGAGGGCAAGAAUAAAAGAAAAUGUGAAAAUUUGAUCAAUGGUGAGUCUGAAGUAAAACCUCCGCAUGCUAAGAAAUUUAAAUUUGAUAAAAGUAACAAAGAUCUGGUGAAUAAAAGUACAAAUAAACUGCAGAAGAAAAGAAAUAAAAAUAAACAACCGUCUCAGCCUCACAAUCCCAUCGCUUCGUUGAGCGACGAGCGACUCAAGGCCUACGGUUUGAAUCCACGUAAAUUUAGAAAUAAGUUGAAAUUCGGCAAGCAGAGUAAUGAAAAAAAUUGAAUUGUUGAAUAAUAAAAAAUAAAA